AUGGCGACACCGCAGAGCGAGACACCGCAGAGCGAUCUGGUAGAAUACCAGGGAGUCAAAUACAAUGUUGUCAAAGAGGGAUUGGCGAAAAUUCUCAACCCACCUUCCCAAGAAGCCGCUUCCAAGGGAACGAAGAAAGAUCUCAAAAGCGACGACCAAGUGCAAUCGGUUUUCUACAACCCAAUUCAACAAUUCAAUCGCGACCUGAGUGUACUAGCCAUUCGUGCGCAUGGGGAACACAUCAUCGACUUGAGGAAGCAGAAAGCGGCCCAGAAGAUAAAGAAGCGGGCAGGCAAUGGGGAAAAGAAGCGGAAGCGCGAAGACGACCAGACUGAGAACCCGAGACCUGCCCCGGGCACCGAACAAAAGGGAGACGCCGAGGUGGAUACUGAGCUAGCACAACCUCCCCCAGUCGAGCAAGCACCUCAGCCAGAAGCCAAGCCUGAACAAGCAGACCCUGUACCGUCUUUCACUGUCCUCGAUGCUCUUUCUGCCACAGGGUUGCGAGCUCUUCGCUAUGCCUCGGAGCUCCCAUUUGUCACAAAAGUCGUGGCCAAUGACCUGUCAGAAUCGGCUAUCAAAUCCAUGAAGACAAACAUUGCCUAUAACAACAUCGAGACAAUUCAACCAAACUUGGCCGAUGCUCGGGUCUACAUGUAUGGGCUCGACAACGCGAGCAAGUUCGAUGUAAUUGAUUUGGACCCAUACGGCACAGCAUCUCCAUUCCUGGAUGCUGCAGUGCAAGCAGCUAAGGAUGGCGCCCUUCUAUGUGUUACUUGCACCGAUGCCGGUGUCUGGGCCUCAACGGGCUAUUCGGAAAAGGCCUUCUCUUUGUACGGCGGUAUCCCCAUCAAAGGCUCCCACUCCCACGAAGGUGGUCUAAGAUUGAUCCUGAAUUCACUUGCCAUGUCCGCAUCCAAAUACGGCGUAGCCAUCGAGCCAUUGCUGUCUCUGUCUAUCGACUUCUACGCUCGCGUCUUUGUUCGGGUCCAUCGUUCCCCGGCACAGGUCAAGUUCAACGCGGGCAACACAAUGCUCGUCUACAACUGCGACUCAGGGUGCGGAGCAUGGUCAACACAGACCAUCGGGUCAACAAAAGCCAAACUCGACCGCAGAGGAAACCCCAUUCACCACCACGGCAUAAACAAAGGGCCAACAGUCGGACCGCAGUGCGAACAUUGCGGCUCAAAAACACAUCUUGCAGGCCCCAUGUGGGCUGGCCCGCUACACAAUCCUCAUUUCAUCCAGAAAAUCCUGGACAUGCUUCCCGGAGCCGACCCCGACACAUACCAGACAUGUGCUAGGAUCGAGGGCAUGUUAACCACAGCCCUUGAAGAGGACCUGGACCUUGCACCAUCUCAAUCCGAGAUAUCCACCCCGAAACAACCGGCAUCAAACACAAAGAACCAGCAAGAUGCCGAAUACCCCGCCAUAAUUCCGCGAAUGGACGUCGCCGCUCAAGAAAAAUACCCCUUCUACUUCUCCCUCAGUUCUCUCGCAAAGGUCGUGCACAGCACUACCAUCCCAAUCGACGAGUUCCGCGGCGCUAUCGCCCAUCUCGGCUAUCGCUCUACUCGCAGCCACACCAAGCCCAAUUCCGUUCGCACCGAUGCCCCCUGGGAGGUGAUCUGGGAGAUUAUGCGCGAGUGGAUACGUCAGCGAGCUCCCAUCAAGGAAUCUUCAUUGAAGCCUGGAACACCCGGCGCAGCGAUCAUGGCCAAGAGCCGUGACAACCUGCGCAAACUAGGCGACGAAGACCAAUGGUUGUCGCUUCUCAAGAAGGAACUCAUGUCUGCCGUCGAGGCUGGUCGAGAUGUUAGUGACUUGGUCACUAAGGUCGAAGCGGCUUUGUAUCGAUCUGGUUCUCGGACCUCGUGGCAAACUGCUGCUCCUUCUGGUCCUUCGGAGCCUUCACGUCCGGAGGCUGAGCCCCAGCCUGCACCUGACAAUGCACCGGCUACUACACAGCCGCAAGCGUCUAACCGGGCUCAUCCCAGUGCCCUCAAGGUGGAGUUCGACGAGGCUCUAGGCCGUCAGGUUUCUGCUGCGCAUAGCACUAAGCGACUUGUGCGCUACCAGCUCAAUCCGCGGGCUAACUGGGGACCUCUGAACCGUGCUGGACGAUAA